AUGGCCACACACGAGGCUCACCACAACGCCGUCCCUCCACAGGACGUGGAGAAGGAUGUGCAUACCUCUGGUGCCGACCACUACAAUGGUGCCAAUGGUGCUCAAGUAGGCCAAAACACAUACUCACGACAAGCCGGGCCUUUCUCCCGCGUUGCCGACUACCGGAACAUGACUGAAGGAGAAGCGCAGGCAUUCGGUGGUUCGCUCCAACCCGGUGUAUGGAAGCCGUACGAACACAGAAAGUUCGCAAACCCAGCACCACUCGGUCUCUCAGCCUUCGCCCUCACGACGUUCGUCCUUUCUUGCGUCAACCUCCACGCUCGCGGCGUGACUGCGCCCAACAUUGCCGUCCCCCUCGCCUUUGGAUACGGAGGUCUGGUCCAGCUCCUCGCUGGCAUGUGGGUCCUCAAAACUUCCCCAACAUCUCAUCUCAACCGUCUCCACGAUGUCUCCCGCAAGCGGAAGCUCCGGGAGAUGGCCGUCGGCAACACCUUUGGUGCCACUGCUCUCUCAUCGUACGGCGGCUUCUGGAUCGCAUACGGCAUCCUCUUGACCCCCAACUGGGGCAUCAUCGCCGCGGACGGCCCCUAUGCCGCGAACUACUCUGAUCACUACUCAGCUGUCGGUUUCUUCCUGACGGGCUGGUUCAUCUUCACGACGCUGCUGCUCCUCUGCACCCUGCGCUCGACCGUGGUCUUCUUCUCCCUCUUCUUCACCCUCGAUUUAGCCUUCCUCUUCCUCGCCUGCGAGAACUACGCCGCCAACAACGGUGCGUUGACCGCGUCGCGCAACCUGCAGAUUUGCGGUGGUACUUUUGGUAUGCUUGCCGCGUUUUUGGCGUGGUAUUGCGCUCUGGCAGGUCUUCAGGACGAUAGCAACUCCUUCUUCCAGGUUCCUGUCUUCCACCUCCCGUGGUCCGACAAGGGCAAGGAGAUUCGCCGGGCCAAGAGCAACGUCGCCUAA